AUGGAUUUAGCUCUAAGCAGCAUAAUAAUUGCAUUUCUAAUUUCUCUAAUUUCAUUAGGUCUGAGUCUACUUGGUCGUAGCAAAAAAAGAGAGGCACCAAUAGCCAAAGGUGCAUGGCCAAUACUUGGUCAUCUCCCAAUUUUUAAUGGCACACAAUCACUUCAUAGAGUCUUAGGUGCCUUAGCUGAUAAAUAUGGACCAAUAUUCACCAUCAAACUUGGUUCUAAACAUGCUUUAAUUGUCAACAAUUGGGAAAUGGCAAAGGAAUGUUUCACUACGAACGACAUGGCUCUUGCAUCUCGUCCCAGGAUUGUUGCAACACAACAUAUGGCCUAUAAAGGAGCCAUGUUUGGAAAUGCACCCUAUGGUCCUUAUUGGCGCAAUCUUCGCAAGAUUGUAACUCUAGAGGUUCUCACAAAUCGUCGAGUCGAGCAACAACAACAUAUUCGUGUUUCCGAAGUACGAACAUCGAUUAAAGAGCUCUUCGAUGUUUGGUCUAGUAAAAGGAGUGAUUCGGAUUCAUCAAACUAUGUGUUGGUGGAUAUGAAGCAAUGGUUUACACACUUAACAUUCAACAUGGUUCUUCGAAUGGUUGUUGGGAAGAGGUAUUUUGGUGCAAGAACUAAUGUUGAUGAAGAAGAAGCUCAAAAAACUGUGAAAGCUUUGAAGAAGAUGAUGCAUUUGUUUGGGGUGAUUACGGUGGGAGAUGUUAUUCCUUGUUUGAAAUUGUUUGAUUUUGGUGGUCAUGUGAAGGCCAUGAAUGAAACUUCGAAGGAAUUGGAUGAGGUUUUAGUUGAGUGGUUGAAAGAGCGUCGCCAUGAAAGGAGUUUGGGUGAAAAGGUUGAUGGUGAAGAUAAAGACAUCAUGGAUGUGUUGCUUUCAUUGCUUGAUGGAAAAACAAUGGAAGGGUUUGAUAGUGAUACAAUAAUCAAAGCCGCCAUGUUGGUAUGUAUUCUAAUCUUUUCAAAUAAUUGA